AUGCCUCCUAAACGACGUGCCUCUGGCAGGAAACGGCGACGAUCGCCAGACGCCUGUUCCCCCCCACGGCCAACGCAGGCACCACGCCUGCACAGCGAGGACCCAGUCGUCAGCCCGAUCCCCGAAGCCGACGAGCCCCAGGGCAGUCGAGCUGGCAGUGGCGAUGAGGAAACCGCAUGUGCUAAAGAUGAUAAUCACCACAAAGCCCAGCCUAGCAUCAAACUCUCCGAGAAACAACUUCGUCUUGCGGCCAUCAAUGAGGAUAUCUACCAGUACCUUAUUGCUUUGAGAGAAGCAAAGGACAAACUCGGCGUUGACUCCAAUGUCGUCAAGGUGUUGACGAAAGUCUACCGUGAAGCCUGUGACCACUACAAACGGGUCGAUGCUGAAAAGACGCCUGAUGUAGAGGUGCAUGACGGCCAGCUUGAGGCUCAGAGUUUGGAGCAGCGGGUGUUGGCCCUGGAGAGUCACCAUUUCUUGUUGAGAGGCAAUGUGAUCCCGAUGAUCAAAAAAUUGGAGAGGGGUAUGAUGGCACUGAGAGCCGAGAUGGAGGGAUGGCGGGAGUAA